CUCAUGGAAAGCUUAAACCUACUUAACUGGUCACGAAGAGAUUGCAUCUUUGUUUUCACAAAAGCCUAACUCCAAGUUCGUGUAGCUAGUAUUGCAUGCUACCAUGGUGCAAGUGAUGUACAUGCAUAUAUGAUAUUCAAUUUAAUUUGCUACUAUAAUAUAACGGUGUAUAUAUAAAUAGAGAGUGCAUGAGGUGUGUGGUGUCAACAUACAAGGACGCAGCAAAGGUAUAAUAGCGAGUACUGCGAAGCAAGAUCAGAGACUAGAGAGACAUGAUAAGAAGUUGUUAAUUUGUUUUCUUCAUAUGGCUGCGCGUGGCAACGUGCUCUUCGUUCACUGACAUGGAUGCGCUAGCUGCUGAAGCUGAAGGACUCCAUGACUGGAAGUUUUCCACGUCGCUUUCUGCACACUGUUUCUUUUCAGGCGUAAAAUGCGACCACGAACUUCGAGUCGUUGCUAUCAAUGUCUCGUUUGUUCCUCUCUUCGGCUACCUUCCGCCGGAGAUCGGACAAUUGGACAAACUCGAGAACCUCACUUCCCUCAAGCUCCUCGACAUCUCUCACAACGUCUUCUCCGGCCAAAUUAUUCUUCCGAUGACGAAACUGGAGGUCCUCGACGUCUACGACAACAACUUCCGGCAGCAUACCGGAGAUUUACUCGGAGUUUAAGAGCUUGGAGUUUUUAAGCUUAAGCACCAAUAACUUAUCGGGGAAGAUUCCGAAGAGUUUGUCUAAGUUGAAGACGCUGAGGUAUCUCAAGCUCGGAUACAACAACGCUUACGAAGGUGAAAUUCCACCGGAGUUUGGCAGCAUAAAAUCUGACAUACCUUGACCUCAUCGGCGAGAUUCCACCUACUCUAAACAAUAAUAAGAAAAACUUAUCACAUUUCUUGAAACUUUAAAAGACCGAUAAAAAUAAAAGGAGGAAAUGCCACUACAAUAUUUUUAAUUUAUUUUUUUUACUUAUUUUAUUUGAAUCUUUAAUACAUAUGCUAUUUUAGCAUUAUAAAAAUACCUGGGCUAUACAAAA